AUGCCCGUCGAUGCCGUGCGAGUGCUGUGUACGUGCGCCCUGGUGCUGUGCGUCACGGCCGUGCUGCUGCUACGGCGUACGCGCGCGGUCCCAGAGGCGCCGUAUGUGAGCAAAGGACCCCGCAAAGUCGUGCUGCUGGGCGUCGAAGAAGCGGGCAAGACCAACGUGUUUCUGCGCAUGGUCAUGGGCGUCGCGCCCGAUACCACCACGUCGCAGCGUGUGAAUGCCGCGCGGCUGAGCCCCUCGGACGCGUGCCCCCACGGCAUCGAGUUGGUAGACACACCGGGUCAUGCGCGUUUGCGUGCGCAGGCCAUGGACGCGAUGAGGGGCGCGGACGCCGUGGUGUUUUGCAUCGAUGCGAGCGUCGCGAGUCGCGGCGCGAAUGAGCCUGCGCCGGGCAUGUCGUCGACGCACGCGCGCCCGUCUCUGCACGAGGCACUACAGCACAGUGUGGACUACCUGCACGACGUACUGCAUACGCUGGCGGCGGAUGUGCCGCCGCAGCCCCUCGCGCUCUCGAUCCUAUUCACGCGUAUGGACGCGUCGCCGCUCUUUUCUGACCGCGCCACGCUCGCGGAUGACAAGCGGCGGCAGCAGCUGCUGGCGCGGUGCCGCCGUGGUCUCGAGACGGCGUUCAUGUCGCGCCGCGAGACGCGUGGCCUGUCUCGUACGGAUGCGACGGGCCGCGUCGUCGUCGGAGAGAUUGGCGAUAUUCGCGGCGACGCUUCGCUGCGGGAGCGCGUGUGGGGCCGUAUGCGCCAGGCGCUCGUGCCGCUGGGCCUGGUGCCUGCCGAGGCGCGGACAGCCGCCGAGCUGCAUCCCACGCGGUGGGGGCACAAAGUGCGCGCGGGCGAGGGGCACCAGCGGUCGGCGGAGUAUGCGCUCGAUUACAUGGUCGCGCGGCGCGGAGCGGGGGCGGAGGCGCCCUUCCAGUGCCUCGAUCCGCGUCUCGUGCAGGGCGGAUGCGCGGCAAUGGAUCUGGGCUACGUCGAUCGUCAUGGAUGGGACCCGACGCGCGUGGGCGAGGCGUACCUGCCGGACGUGCACGCGUGGCUCUCGCCGCGGGCGUCGUAG